UCACUUCAGUAGGAAGACGAAACCUGGCGCAGUCUUGCUCCAGCAGGUGAAUUGGCAACUUGCUCCGGAUCUCUCGCCCCCACCGCGUCUCAAACAUGUCCUAUGUGUUCACCUCGGCGAGCGGGGGCUCCCAGAAGAAGACGGCGGUGCAAGCCCGGGGGACGGUCGGAGUCAAGGCCAGGAAACUCACCUUCCAGGAGCUGAAGCAACACUGUCUGAAGGAGCAAGUCCUGUAUGAGGACCCGGAGUUCCCCGCCGUUGAGUCGUCGCUCUUCUACAGCGAGAAGCCUCCAGUUGCCUUUGAGUGGAAACGGCCGAAGGAGAUUUCCAAAGACCCGAAGUUCUUUGUUGGUGGAGCAUCAAGGACUGAUAUUUGUCAGGGAGAUCUGGGAGACUGUUGGUUGCUCGCUGCUGUGGCCUCACUAACUCUGAAUGAAAAGCUGCUCCACCGAGUUAUCCCUCCCAAUCAGACCUUCGGCCGGGAUUACGCUGGAAUCUUUCACUUUCAGUUCUGGCAAUCUAACAAGUGGGUGGAUAUUGUGAUUGAUGAUCGUCUGCCAACCUUCAAAAACCGCCUUGUGUUUCUACACUCUGCUAGUAGCGAUGAAUUCUGGAGCGCCUUACUGGAGAAAGCCUACGCCAAGAUGUACGGAAGCUUUGAGUCGCUGAAAGGAGGGAGCACCUUGGAGGCCAUGGAAGACUUCACCGGUGGAAUGGGAGAGAUAUUUGAUUUGAAGAAUGCACCCCCAAAUCAGUUUUCCGUCAUUAAAAAGGCGCUGCACAAGGGGUGCAUGUUGGGAUGCUCCAUUGACAUCACCAAUCCAGCUGAAACAGAAGCUCGGACUUCGACAGGACUCGUCAAAGGACAUGCAUAUUCCAUUACUGGUUUGGACCAGGUGAACUACAGAGGUCGACCGCUGCAGAUGAUCCGUAUAAGGAACCCUUGGGGUCAAGUGGAAUGGAAUGGUCCCUGGAGCGAUGACUCUCCUGAAUGGAAGGCAGUGGAUGCAACGGAUUUUCGAAGGCUAAACAUGACCUCCAAAGACGAUGGCGAAUUUUGGAUGUCAUUCGAUGACUUUAAGAGACAUUACAGCAAAGUGGAAAUUUGUAAUCUUACACCAGACUCCCUGGAUGAUGAUUCCAGUCACAAGUGGGAGGUGACCUGUUUUGAAGGGAUGUGGACCACAGGCUGCACAGCAGGUGGAUGCAGGAACUUCCUAGACACUUUCUGGACCAACCCCCAGUACAAGAUAAAGCUGCUGGAAGAGGAUGAGGAGCAGGAGGAUGGCAAAAAGGAAUGCACCAUGGUGGUGGCUCUCAUGCAAAAGAAUCGGCGCAAAUUGCGGAAGGAAGGAGCGGUGCUGCAGACCAUUGGAUUCACUAUUUAUCAGGCUGAAAGCGGAGCUGACCAUCUGCCGAAAGAGUUCUUCCGAUUUCAUGCUUCACGUGCAAAGAGUAAGACAUACGUUAAUUUAAGAGAAAUCUGUGAAAGAUUUAAACUUCCACCAGGAGAAUACAUCGUUGUUCCCACUACAUUUAAACCCAACGAUGAGGCUGAAUUUCUUGUUCGAAUCUUCUCGGAGAAGAAAGCUCAAACAAUUGAAUUGGGAGAUAAAAUUGGCGCUGAUCUACCAGAGCCGCCCAAACCGACGCAAAAACUGCAGGAGAAUGAAGACGAAAAGCAGUUCCGCGCUGUGUUUAAGCACAUCUCGGGGGAGGAUCUAGAAAUCAAUGCUUAUGAACUGCAAGGUAUUUUAGACAACGUGUUUGGAAAACAAAAAGAAGUGGGAAUCGUGAGUUUUGACAUUGAGACAUGUCGCAGUAUUGUGUCCCUCUACAAUAAAGAGACUGGUAAAGGACUUGGGUUUGACGAAUUUAAGAUCCUCUGGCAGCGAUUAAGCGUAUGGAAGAAUGCUUUCCUGAGAUGUGAUCAUGACAAAUCAGGGACUAUAUCAGCUCACGAGCUACGAUCAGCUGUCAAGGAUGUUGGGUUUUUCCUCAACAAUCAGUUGCUACAACUGUUGGUCGUCCGAUAUGCCGAUGCAAACCGACAAAUCGAUUUUGAUAACUACCUGCGUUGCAUGGUUCGAUUGGAGACUUCGUUCAGAUCAUUCAAGUCUUUUGAUACCCGGCAGACUGGUGAAGUGACUUUGAACUUGAUGCAGUGGCUCUUCCUGACUAUGAACAUAUGAAAAUUGAACAGAAGACUGAAUGAAAUAUUGUUGUGUGUCAGUGUAUACUACUUACAACUGAUCUUAGUUUCCACAUUAGGCUGGGUGCCAUAUGUAACUGAAUGAGGCCUUAUUCUCUGCAUUUGAUUUUUUAUUGAAUAAUACUUUUAUAUACGAGCAUUUUUGGCGGAACUAUUUUGGCAAAUAUACUUGCUACCAAAGGUACAAUUCUAGGAAAGUUAUCUGCUCCGGGGCUGUCUCAUACUCCUCCAUUUUGUAAGUAAACGACAUUUCCUGCUACCUUCCAGCAUUGGAUCCUAUUGCUCUUUUCAUUAAUUCCCCCAUUGAAGCUCAUGUACAUGGAUCAUUUAGCAUUCUCUUUCUCUGGUGACUUUAGGCCACUCAACAAUACCCGUCUCCAAUAUAUUAUCUUUACUCUCGAACUCCAAGUACGUAGAUUGUCCCAUUAUACAACUCCUUUCAUGACCUUAACUCCCCCCCAUUAAAGCUAUUUACAGAACUUGACGCAUACACUUCCAGGGUUAAUAAUUGUAUCAGAAAGUUUCUAAAUUCAUGAUUUGUUUAAAUAGGUUACUAAUAUAGGUUACUAAAUUUACUAAGACAUUAGUAAAGGGUUGUGGACAUUUUGUGAUUAAAAUUAAUUGCCUGUGUGGAGGUCAACCAUGUGGGCCAAUUGGGCUGUUUCUGUUGUUUCCUUCUGUUCCCCAAUCAGAAAGUUCCUUAUUCAUAAACAACAAAAAUGUACCCUUGUUAAAUGACUGAUAAUAGCACAGGCCCCUCCUUUAAGGGAGUUGGGGCUGUUUCUAGGAUUUCCAAUGGUACAAUGGGUGUAUUAUUGUCACAUAUGCAAUGUGCACAUCCAUAGUGAAAUUCUUUUUUUGCUUUUAGCAAUUCCACAGAAAUAGUCUACUGCCGCCAUAUGCAAGAGGCACCAUGUUCCAAGCCCAGUCCCUGCUACAGUUGGUGUGAGCGGUGCCCAAUCCAGGCAGGCCCCAGGCUGCAAUGGGCCUCCAGCCAUUACCUUCAUUAAUCCACCAGCAAGCAACGUCCUCUCC